AUGGCUCUUGCACCCGACUGGAUUAUUAUUGGGAAAGGCUCUUCAGCUCGUGGUGAAUUCCUCGAUGAACUAUUCGCAUACCAGACACAAAAGGUCCUGAAAGUGCGUGAUCGACGUCUCGGAAUCUUGAAUCUGUUAUUCAAGAUUGGGAUUACAGUCUAUGUGUUCUGGAACUUGAUUACUUCUGGUUUGUAUCUGAUCAAAACGAAUCCAAUCGGAGGAGCUGUGAGGUUCAAUCUUGCUGCUCCACUCAAUAUCAGUACAUAUCCGACGCCGAGCUAUUGUAAUGCUUCCAGUAGUUCUACUAAUAUUAAUUAUACGACUAAUGGCUGCUUAUGGUGGACACCAGAACAAAUCGCAAUAUACGAAGAAUCCGCAAUCUUCGUCACCACCAAAGUCACAAUGUACACCACACCUCCUCCGCCAGCUGGUUGCAACUACCUCCAACCAUCAUCCAUCGCAUGCAUGCCACCACGACCGAGUUCGCUCACUUUCAAGUCCUACUAUAUCGCAUAUGCCGAGAAUCAUACCCUCCAAAUCGACCAUAGUGUGCGUGGGAUUAUUAACGGGAACUUAAUUAUGCAGGCUACUGUUCCCACUCAUCAGGGAUCCUCGUGGAUUCAAGCCAUGACUGGGAAAUUGGUUGCUGGAUGUAACACUGAUGGGAAGGUGCUGCUGACUUUUGAUAUUAAUUCAAGGUUUCUGUUGUGGAAUUAUAUGACAAAUCGAUGGACUGGUGAUUCCAUUCCGAUCUCAACACUACUAGACGGAUGCAACUGCACGGGUGUCCCGUUACUCCUGGACGCAAACAACACCAUGAUCAGCGGAAGUUACGGAGAGCCUCUACGAUCAACUGGAGUCAUUAUUUCAAUGCCUAUUGUCUACACAAACCCAACAUACACCAUGUCGACCGAAAUCGACUAUUCGUACAUUCCGGCUGCUGUUGAUGGAGAACAGUUUUCGAUCAUGCAGACACAGUAUAAUACUUCCGAUGGCAGUAUUACGUAUAUUGAGCGGAAUGGGAUUAAGAUUUUCGUUGCUCAGGGCGGUGAGAUUGGACAAUUUUCGUUCUUACAAACACUCAGUGCUCUAGUCGGAGGAACCGCAUUGCUGAGUGUAGCGCAGAUAUUGGUUGAAUUCAUCAUGACUAGAAUCCUACCAGAACGCAAACUUUACGAAGAGGCCAAAGUCACGAAUACCGACCAAUUCAAAGAAAUUAGACUGAAGCGAAAGGAAAUCAGGGAACAAGAACCGAUAGCUCAUCGAACUCUGAUUUUGGGAGAAAUGCAUGAUUGA